UUAAGCGCGCCGGCGAGAUUGGAAUGGAGCAGGCGCGCGUUCCAGCCCGGCGUUCUCGGGAGCCUUUAGACCUGCCUCCAAGAUCAGCCCAAUAAGAACUGUCAGGGGAGGCUCUCCGCUCCUCACUUUUCUUUUUUCUUCUUCCCCCACAUCGCUUCACAGUUCCAUUUGGCAGGCGGGCACGCAGGAGAGCCAGAAAGCGAGCGAGCGAGCGAGCGGCUCGGCGCGUCUGAAUGAGUGGAUUUAUUUUGGAAUAUCCCUCCCGUUCGCUCGGCCGGAGAUGGGCUGUUGCAGCUGCUGCUGCCGCCGCUGCCGCCGCUUGUGCUGCCGUUGCAGCCGCCGCCACCGCCGACGAGCGUUGCAACGGGAGACGGAGACCCGGCACUGAUCCAGCCCCGCGCUUCGCCUGGCCAGCCGGACCGGAGAGGAGAGGAGCCCCCGUCACCCCGGCGCUUCUCCGCUCCCCAAGACCGUGGGAGAAAUAAAUAUUUUUCUUAUUUUAUUUUUUUAGAAAAAGAGAAAAAAUAAAAGCCGAGGGAAAGCGAGCGAGCGAGCCAGAGGCAACAUUGGUGUGAAAGAAUGAAAGCCGGUCGGAGGCAGGUACCCGCUCUUGGCCAAGCUCGCCCGGGCUGGCGACUAUUCGCCUCCCGUUGAAAGAACAAGUAGCCACCUUUCCAGUCGAAUCUUACGAUUAUUUGGGGAGGGGAGGGGGGAACCGUAUUUAUUUCACCGCGCUGAAGUAGGAGUUUGCAAGACGUUCCUUCUUGGAGCUCCGGGGGGGAAGAAGCCAAGCAGGAGGACUCUCUGAAGGCAAGAAAGCCUAGACUUCUUUCUGCCAUCAAGGCAAUUCCUAUUUAUGUUUACUGUGCUCUAGACUCAUGACGGAGCUGUAAGUAAAUCUUCUUUGCCGCAUGAUGAAUUGGAUGACUAUGAUCUGGAAGAAAGCAAAAUAAUUGUUUCAUUGUUGGUGCUGAUUUGCUUAACGUGUGGAAUGAUGCCAGAAAGACUAACAGAAAUGUUUAUGGAUACGUGGGCUCCAUUAGUAAUAUUAUGGAUUACUGCAUUCCCAUCUAUGUACAUGGCUCCAAUGAAUCAUUCUCACGUAUUACCGAGUGGAUCCAGCAGAGGACUAAAUGAACUAAGUGAAGAACAAAGAGUGUUGAACCGUUCCAAGAGGGGAUGGGUGUGGAAUCAAAUGUUUGUCCUGGAGGAGUUUUCUGGACCAGAACCUAUAUUAGUUGGCCGGCUACACACAGACUUGGACCCUGGAAUGAGCAAUAUCAAGUACAUCCUAUCAGGUGAUGGAGCUGGUACUAUCUUUGUGAUCAAUGACAAGACAGGGGACAUUCAUGCAAUGAAAAGACUUGACCGGGAAGAAAAAGCUGAGUAUACAUUGACGGCCCAAGCUGUUGAUAGGGAUACAAACAAACCUCUGGAGCCUCCAUCGGAAUUCAUCAUUAAGGUCCAAGACAUCAAUGACAAUCCCCCCGAGUUUGUUGAUGGCCCAUAUCAUGCAACUGUUCCUGAAAUGUCCAUCGUGGGUACUUACGUUACCAAAGUGACAGCCACCGAUGCAGAUGAUCCUGUUUACGGAAACAGUGCCAAGCUCGUCUACAGCAUCUUGGAGGGACAGCCUUACUUCUCAGUUGAACCACAUACAGCAAUUAUUAAAACAGCUCUUUCAAACAUGGACCGGGAAGCCAAAGAGGAGUACAUUGUGGUCAUCCAAGCAAAAGAUAUGGGUGGGCACAUGGGCGGACUCUCUGGAACCACCACUGUGACAAUUACACUCACCGAUGUCAACGACAAUCCUCCAAAAUUUGCACAGAGUUUGUAUCAUUUCUCAGUAUUGGAAGACAUUAGUAUUGGUGAACCAAUAGGAAGGGUGAAAGCAAAUGACCUGGAUAUUGGUGAGAAUGCUAAGUCAUCCUAUGACAUUAUUGAAGGAGAUGGAGUGGAUAUAUUUGAAAUCACUUCGGACUCCCAGACUCAAGAAGGCAUUAUCAGAUUGAGAAAGCCCCUGGACUUUGAGACGAAAAGAUCCUAUACUCUGAAGGUAGAAGCAAGUAAUGUGCAUAUUGAUCCACGUUUCAUCAGUGUGGGGCCCUUCAAGGAUACUGCAACAGUGAAAAUUGUCAUAGAAGAUGCUGAUGAACCUCCAAUUUUUUCAUCACCAACUUACCUUCUAGAAGUACAUGAGAAUGCUGCUAUUAAUUCUGUGAUUGGCCAAGUGACUGCCCAUGAUCCUGAUGUAUCUUCAAGCUCUAUAAGGUUUUCCAUUGAUCGAAACACUGACCUUGAGAGGCAGUUCAACAUUAAUACGCAGGAUGGAAGGAUAACACUCGCAACUCCUCUGGACAGAGAAACCAGCACAUGGCACAACAUAACCAUUGUGGCAACUGAAGACAGAAACCCCAGCCAAAUAUCUCGAGUACCUGUUGCUAUCAAAGUUCUCGAUGUAAAUGACAACGCUCCCGAACUUGCAUCAGGGAAUGAAGCCUAUUUGUGUGAAAACGGAAAAACCGGAAAAGUCAUUCAUACGAUGAGAGCCAUUGACAAAGAUGAUCCUAAAAAUGGACACUAUUUUGUUUACAACCUUCCACAGGAAAUGGCCAACAAUCCAAAUUUCACAAUUGAGAAAAAUCAAGAUAACACCCUUAACAUUCUAACAAAGCAUAAUGGAUUCAGCCGCCAGAAGCAAGAAGUCUAUUUUCUACCUAUCAUAAUCAGCGACAGUGGGAAUCCCCCAAUGAGCAGCACCAGCACGCUCACCAUUAAGGUCUGUGGAUGCAGCAACGAGGGUAUUGCCCAGUCCUGCAAUGCUGAAGCUUAUGUGCUCCCUAUUGGCCUCAGCAUGGGAGCUUUAAUAGCAAUUCUAGCCUGCAUCAUUUUGCUGCUAGUUAUUGUGGUGCUGUUUGUGACGCUGAGGAGACAUAAAAACGAGCCUCUUAUUAUCAAAGACGAUGAAGAUGUGAGGGAAAACAUCAUCCGUUACGAUGACGAAGGAGGUGGCGAAGAAGAUACAGAAGCAUUUGACAUUGCAACUUUACAAAACCCUGAUGGAAUAAAUGGAUUUUUGCCCCGCAAGGAUAUUAAACCCGAUCUUCAAUUCAUGCCAAGGCAGGGACUAGCACCUGUUCCUAAUGGUGUUGAUGUUGAUGAAUUUAUCAAUGUGAGGCUCCAUGAAGCUGAUAAUGACCCUACAGCUCCUCCAUAUGACUCCAUUCAGAUUUAUGGGUAUGAGGGGAGAGGCUCAGUAGCUGGUUCUCUAAGUUCCUUAGAGUCUUCAACAUCAGACUCAGAUCAGAAUUUUGACUACCUCAGCGAAUGGGGACCCCGUUUUAAAAGACUCGGGGAACUUUACUCAGUGGGCGAAAGUGACAAAGAAACUUGACAGUGGAUUACAAACUUUUAUUUUUUUCACUCUUGACUUAAGCGAUCAUGUAAUAUUCUAGGGCCACUGCUGUUAGUUAUGACUAAUGUGGCUUUUUGUUUAGGGGCAACUUUAGUGCCAGUCAUCUUAUAAAAUCAACUACAUUGUAAUGUUGAACCAAAAAAGUACAUAAAUCAAAAGUAUAUGUUAGGAGGUCUAAGUCUUGUGGAGUGUGAAGUUAAGUACGUAGAGUGUCUAGAAGUCUUUGGAUAUUCUAUAUUCACAUGACCACUCUGAAGAUGGAGGUUUGGAUCUUUGAUCACCUUCAGUACGUGAAAGGAAAGGAAAUGGAGAAGAUAGGUGCUUUUCUACAUAAUGGACCUCUGUGGAUUUUUGCUUAUGAAGAGCAUCUUCUGAUAGUCCAUUGAAAGCUAAAGGUUUGCUUCCACAUUGCCAACAAAGAUUCCACCACAAAAACAGAAAAAAAAGAAUGUUAAAAGCAAUAUCUGGUAUUCUUUGCAAUGCUGAAUUUUUAAGAAAAGCAUUGAUAAAGUCCCUUUUGGCCUCAACUGUGCAGUGACUAUAAGUUGUACAUAGGGUAAUUCUUGGCCACAAAAACCACAGACUGAAUAUCAUCUUCAAACAUUGUGUCAAGCCUUAAAAUAUUCACAUGUUCUUAAUCUAUUCCAGUGACUGGAUUCAAAAUCCACCAUUGUGCAAAUGUUCAAGUGGAGAAUAGACUAAAGUUCUCUACUUUUCAAACAAAAUGGAUUGUUUUCUAGAAGAAUCACUCAUUUCAUCUACUUUGUCUUCUAUAAGAAAAAAGGAGGGAAAUAUGUGAAAGAAGAUGGACUCAUAUACAAAAGCUGGUUUUAUUGCUAAAGAACAAAUUUAUUUGUUUAUUCCUUGAAAUAAAUAUUUUAUUGAUGUCCAUUACUGCUUUUAUUUAUUAAGAUUGAUUAUUGGUAAGAGUAUAAGAGAAGGGAAACGUCAAAAUUGUAUCCAUUAAUAAAUGGUUAGAAUUCUUUGUUCUAUAUAUAUAUAUAUAUAUAAUGAAUGUUAAAUGAAAUGUACAUUUUGAAAAACAAACACAAGAGAUAUUAGCAGUGGAGGAGUUGCAACGGAAUGAUAGCAGGGUGAGGGUGUUUCUGGGAGAAAUUAACACUGGACAAUUUUAUAUUUUCUUCAUAUAUCAAGAACUGGCGUUUUAGUACAAGCACAAGCAACUGGAAGCAAACUGGUUCAUGUGAAUAUUUACAAAACAAAAUGAUAGAUAUUGAAAAUUCCACACAUUUCACCAUAAAGUCACACAUGCUUAUAGUUAUCCACUAUACUAGAAGAUCCAUUGUGUACAUAAUUUUCCUGCUUAUGUUUUUAGCCUUUCUUUUUUUCUAGAAUAUUCAUGGUUAUACACAGGGACCUAGCUCACAAAGAAAACAGCACUUAGAAGCUGUUGACAUCCUCAAUUUGUAAUGAAAACUGACUAUUUAGA